AUGAGAAAUAUGAUGGACGAGAUGAGGAGCAGGCUGGACGAGAAGCAGAAGGCCCGGCAGCACCUGCAGCACGAGGCCGACGCUGAGACGCAGGAGAGCUCGAGACACUCACUGUCUUUUGGCCAGAUCCUCAUGUCCGUUGAGAACAUGUACAUCCGCUGCAAGGAGCAGGGCAAGGGUAUCCAGCACAACGCUACCAGCAUGGAGGACGAGGGUGCCGCGCGGGUGGGCCAGGGCAGCGGGCGGACUGUGGACCCGGAGCAGGAUGAGCCCGAGGACUCGUUCAAGAGAAAGAAGGACGAGGCCACGAGGCAGCUAAAGAUCAUUCUGAGCUAUCUAAAGGAUUUCAAGGACAUCACUGACCAGCUCAAGAAAGGAGGGAAAGCCACGGACCCCCUGAAGCAGCGGCAGGCAAUACUGGCAGAGUCCCACGCCUUCUCGGAGGAGGACGUGACGUUCGUCGCUGGAAACAGGGGAGGGAAGGAGCGCUCCAGCCAGCAGUCUGGCUCCCAGGGCAACACCCGGGACCUCAAGGCCCCCCCGAGCAACCCGAUCUUAGGCGCGGGUGCGAGCGCUUCGAUCGACGCUUGA